AUGGUGUACGGAGGAUGUAUCCAGGAUCCGACUAGACUAGUACAGCGUGCAAAAGACUUUCUCCAGGAAUAUCGGGAUGCCCAGACUCAGCUUUCUGUUCAGACUUCAUCUGGUUCGAUGCAUCAUCAGGUGCGAUGGGUACCUCCUUCAGGUUCAGUCUAUAAGCUUAACGUGGAUGCAACAGUGUUUAAAGGGAUGAAGGCUUCAGGCGUUGGUGCCGUGGUUCGAAAUGAGAAUGGUGAGGUUAUGGUGGCGAUGGCAGGGAAAGGCUCUCAGGUGCAGGACAGCGAGGCAGCUGAGGCGUUAGCCUGUAGACGAGCUGUGGAGUUUGCCUUAGAAGCUGGGUUUAGGGAGAUCAUUUUAGAGGGGGAUAAUUGUAAUGUCAUGAAGUCUAUUUUGGGUCCAAAGUCUGAUAGGGAUAGGUUGGGACAUGUGUAUGAUGACAUUAACAGUAUGGGAAGGGAGUUUAGAGUUUUUUAUGUUUUAUGUGUCAAGAGGGGUGCCAAUUCAGUGGCACAUUCAUUGGAAAAUUUUGCUAGACAUAUAGAUGGGGAAAUAGUGUGGUUGGAAGAAAAUCCCCCACCUGUUGCUGAUGCCUUGUAUCUAGAUAAUUGCAAUAUUAUGAAUGAAUGA